GUGUGUAUGGCUAGUAAUAUUUGUGAAGUGGAAGUAGAGAAAGAGCAUAGGGAAUCAGUGAGAAAACCAUAACGCUUUGUAUAUAGAGUAAAAGUAAACGAUAGAGGACUGGGUAUCAUGCCAUGGGUAGCAUGGGGGGAGGGUUGUAAGAAGUUUUUCACAUACGAACUUCAACACUCACACAUUACCAAUCUCAAAUACAUAUGAUUGUGAGUCACAUCGCGGCCAGAGGAAAAUGGGAAUGGUGAAUUAAAACAGAGCCUGUGCAGAGACUAAAAUUUGUGUGUGGUUGGGAUAUUUCCUACGGAGCUGCUGCUGUCUAUUUGAAUUUGGAGGCUAUCAAAUACGGUUCUCUCGGUGAACUUUUGGCUUUUCGCAGCAGUUUAGUGGGUGAACAAAUUUACCUAAAAAUUGCAUGAAUUGGAUACACAGUGGUCUUAUAGUGUAUUUUUCUUCAGUGAAUUGAGAAAUAUAUUGGUCGUGAGAGUGCAAGUAUCCCAAGAAGUGUAUGAGACAAUUGAGGAAUUUUCAAUUGUUGAUGUGUCUUGUCGGUGCAGCAUCUAUGCUGUCGAUAUCAUCAAAUGAUAUCACCUUCUGCAAAGAAGAUAAUUAGAGAAUAUUAAUGGAAUUUAUCACAAAUAUAUGUUGGAGGAAAUAAUCGUGGUAGAAUCUGAAGAGCUGGGAUUGAGUUCCUUCAGAAACAGCAGCAGCAGCAACAGCAACUCAAAUGUCCAUGCCGUCAACAUCGUCUGUAGCAGGAGGUCCGCCAGAUACCAACCGACAGCUUUUUAGCGUAAAGCAAGAGAGACACGACGAAGCGGAGAUUUUAGAAUUGGCUGCCAAAAUGAUGGAGAGUCACAAGGCACAAAUGACAAAAGCGGUCCAACAGCAAGCAAUGCAACAGCAAAUGCGUUCUGUCAAUGUGAUCAAUAGCACAGGUCAGACGAAUAUAUUGAAUUAUUUCCCAAGAAAAACCUCACAGCAAGGAUCAUCAUUACAAGCAGCCGGAACAAGUUCAUCAAUUGUUCCAACUAGUACAUCGGCGACAUCGUCAACGGCAACUGCAUCGAAUGGUGCUUCAAUUGCAAAUGGGAAACAGCCAAAUGGUGAUACAGCAUCGUCUGCAAGUCCUGAUGGAAGUGGUGAGAAGAAGGCAUGUGAUGAGGAGAGUCAGAAAGGUCACUUUGGAUGGCAUACUUUUAACAAAUCCAUCUAUAUACCAUAUAUCCUGAGAUCUGGAGAAAAGUACUGCGCUGUGCGUAUCGUGGAGAGCAAACUUCUCAACAAGUACUUGAACUAUCUGCACCAUGAUAUAUACAGCUGCACAUGCGUUCGCAGUUAUUACAUUACUGAGGCUGAGGGUCGACUUCUAAAUGAGAUCAAUCAUAAGCAUAGCGAAUCCCACUAUGGACGGGAAAUGUUCACCGUAAAAGAUUUGGUAGUUCGACUGUCAGAUGUAAGCAAAUUUUGGACAUUCCUUGAUGUCUGCUACAAAAAGCUUCUUAUGGGAAAUAAUGUGCAAGGACAGUCAGAGAAAUGUGGAUUUAUCAGGAUUAACAAAGAAUCCGUAGUUCCUUAUACCGUUCGUGAUGGACAAAAGUUUGUUCCAUUGUUUUAUUUUGAAGGUGAGACGGAAAAUCUUAAGUUGAAAGCUGACAAUUUGUCGGGCUGGGAUCUCUCCUAUUUGAAAUUUUGCUGUAAAGUUCAAGGCAUUCGUAAUGAAUUAUUUGCCAGUGACAAAGUCGCUGUGAUCAGUUUAACUGACAUCAAAAGUUACUUUCCCCCCGGCACACAGUUUGAGGAUUAUUGGCCAAAUAAGGUGGUGGACACACAAUUAUUGGUGCAAAAGUCUAAUACCAAUAGUUCAGUACAUUGGACCAGACAACCUACAGCGCCUCCACCAAAACCGUCCGUCAGUACUCAGCCGAAGUCUGUUCCAGCAAGAAAACAAGCAACAUCUGUGUCCUAUGGAAAUACCGCCAUGUCACCGGUCAACAUGCAACAAAGACUGGCUGGCCAAAUGGGAAGCACUAAUACUCCAGUUGUAUCUAAUGUCUGGUCAAAUUUGACGAGUGUCCCAGGUCUAAAUCUCACACCUGGACAACAGGAACAUGUUCUAAGGAUGGCGCAAGCAGCUCAACAAGCACAAACGCAAAGGGGAUAUCCAACUACAAGAUCUCAGGUUCAAAAUAUUAUGCAGCGGCAACCCUACAAUGUGAACUUUCCACCAGCAGCAGCUGCAGCAGCAGCCAUGUCAGCAAUGAGUGGACUUUCAUCCAGCUCAAAUCAGGUGCCCCCACCUCUGAUUAGAGGUGCGCAGCAAGCACCAACUAGUCAUCAUAUGUAAGUAGCAUCUUCAGUCAUAAUUUUAAUAGUUUUU